CGCUGAUGCAGGGGGAGCGGAGGAGGAGGAGGGGCUGACGAGCAGGAAGGGGAGCAGCUUGUAGCGUGAGACGAUCGUUGAGAGAGGAAGAGGAGGAGAGAUGAAAGUGGGGGAGGAGGCCUAGGAGCCUCGAGGCACCCUUGGAAAGGAGGUGGUUUGAACGCUGUUGCGGAGGACGAGGUCACGGUAGGGCUGGAGCUCCUUGCCAGGGAGAAAGACGAGACAGAGGAGUAGAGAUGACAGGAUCGCAUCCUGUGCAUGGCCUCCAUAUCUCACACCAGCUCUGGUUCUUCGGCGGCCUCACGCUGGCCUUCAGUGUCAGUGAGAUUGUGUUCGGCGCUCAGAUGAACUCGAUCACGCUGCUGAGCGAUGGGUUCCACAACCUCGCGGAUGCUGGAACCUACGGGAUAGCCAUCAUCACCAACCGAGCCCAGCUCGCAGGGGGCGCGGAGAGCCACAGGAUCGGGGUGCUGGGGGGGAUGGUGACAUGCACGACGACGCUCGUGCUGACGUUCUUUGCGGGGAUGGAGGCGUUUCAAAGACUGUUCGUCUCCCCACACACCAAGGAGAUUGCUCACAUCGGCACCGCAUACUUCGUGGUCGCCGUCCUCGGCAUCGUCCUCAACGCCGCGGCAAUGUUCAGCCUUGGAGGGCACGGACACUCGCACGGAGGUCUUCCUUGCCAUUCAGAUCAGUUACCCAGUGUGGAGGAUGAACUGACGGUUGACGAUUCUUGCGAUGCAGCGCAUGGCGGAUGCCAUGGCCAUGGACACGGACACGGACACGGGCACGGCCAUGGACAUGCGCACGCGAAGAAGGAGUGCUGUGAAGAAGAAGGCUUGUACCAAGGAGGAUCAACGAGCUCCUCUCGCCUGCAGCCCAGCCCAAGUUUCCAAGAGGAGCAGCUGCAACGCGACAUGAACAUCUACGCUCUGUGGCUACACACGGCUCAAGACGUCUUAGGCUCCAUCAUCGUCCUCGUGUGCGGUCUCAUCGUCAAGUUUGGCUCCUUCCCGGGCUCGCGGCAUGCAGACUCAGUCGGCGGCCUCGUCAUCUGCUCCCUCGUGUGGCUCACUACCGUCCCGGUGUGGGUCGACGGGCUGCGGGAGCUCACGCGGAGGCACUACCUUCCCUUCUCCCACGACGGCGGGCUGGUGAAGCGAUACGACGCUGCUAUGGGGUAGGGCUCCUUAACGCUCCACGAGCGACUCGAGAUGCAAGAUUUUUUCCCUGCCAUGGCAGGCAGGAGGGCAAGACAUGAGGAGGUUCAUUCCUAGGGAAGUAGCGGGGUUAAGUUGGGAGUACAGGAGGAGGGCUG